UAGAUCAGCCUGAGCCGAAUGCUUUUGCUUUGGAAGCAGAAUUAAAAUGCACAGUUCCUAAAAAUGCACUCAUGGACCGUUAAAUGUUGCCUGCACCUAUGACUGGCCGCAGUAUCACCUGACAGUGUAACAAACUGGCUAGUGUUGAAGACUGGUGUUCCCCUGGUUUUACCUGUUCUAUCAACUCACCCCUGAACGACUGUGUUUAAUUUCACUUGCCUCUCUCUAGGGCCUUAUUGGCCAUCGCAUUGUGACACCAGCCAUCAUUUUCCAGGGCCCCAUGGCUCAGAAAAUCUGAGCAGAGUCUGCACGCAAGCCCCAUAAGCUUCAGACAGACGGGUGCAGGUGACAUUCGCUCACAGUCAGGCCUGCAGUUUGGACUGCGUCUGGACACAGAGGGGCGGAAUGAACCGGCUGUGGGGGUGCGCGCUGCUGCUCUGCCUGAACGGACUCCUCCGCUGGGAUGUCUGUGAUGGCCAGCGAGUAGUCGACAUGCAAGAGGGGCCACUGUAUCGGGCAAAAGGGUAUCCUGUCACAAUCUCCUGCACAGUGAGUGGGUUCAAGGGCCCCUCCGAGCAAACAUUCCAGUUCUCAGUCAACAAGCCCACAAGACCGGACAUGGAGAUCAAUAUCGUCAGCACGUCCGACCCCAAUUAUUCUUACGCCGUAUAUUCGCAAAGAGUGAGCGCCGGAGAGAUACAAAUCCAGCGGCUAACGGGCUCGUCUGUGCUGCUGCACAUAAAUAAACUAGAGGAGAGCGAUGUGGGGGACUACCAAUGCUCCACUCCCAAUACAGACGGGGCUUAUUUUGGAACUUACUUCGCCAAAACCACACUUAAUGUCAUCCAGGAUACCCUCAGCGCCUCCGCCAAUCCCACCGUCCUCAGCAAGACCGAGGGAGAGGCCCUGCAGCUGAAGUGCGAAGUGUCCAGCCAGACCUUCCAACACACCCACCUGUCCGUCACCUGGUUCCUGCAGAGCAAAGGAGACGGCCAGCCCCGCCCCAUAAUCUCCCUGAACAGGGACUUCACCCUCAGCCCCGGGGAAGGGUUUGAGGACCGGUAUCAGGCCGGAUUCGUAAGCCUGGAUAAAGUGCAGGGCACCACGUACAGACUGAGCAUGUCGCAGCUGCAGCUGUCUGACCAGGGCAGCGUCUACUGCCAGGCCAGCGAAUGGAUCCAAGAUCCGGACCGUUCCUGGUACAAAAUUGCUUACAAAGACAGUGAAGCCUUUACUCUUCACGUCCAACCCAUAGACGUGCUCCCAGACAGUGAUUCAUUCAACGCUCGCAUUGAAGCCCCUGGGGAAGAUCUUCGCGAAGGAGACACCCUGGAGAUCCAGUGCACCGUGGAGGCACGGGAUGUGGUGGACAGUUACUUCUCUGUGGCCUGGCUGAAAGACGACAAGGAGAUGGCUGGGAUCGGGCCCACAGGCGUGUCUUCCAUUGGGCCAGACUAUGCAGGGAGAGAGAGCGAGGGAGAGCUGAAGGUGGUCAAGAAGAGCGACAGGGAUUACCUGCUGGCCGUCCGGCCGGUCAGAACAGAGGAUGCUGGGAAAUAUCUUUGCAGGGUGUGGAAGGAGGAGAAGGCUGCUAGCUCCUUCACACGGGGCCAGAGCCAGGACUCGGCUGUAAAACAUGUGGCCGUCACUGUCGCCGAGCGUAAACUGGCAGUGUCCGCUCCGUCCUCCACGCUGGAGGUGAACGAGGGCGACGUUCUGCAGGUAACCUGCGGCGUGUCGGGGGCCAGCGGGCUGCAGUCCGUCUCCUGGCAACACAGACCAGGGCAGGGCGCCUUCAGUGACGUCAUCAGCCUGAGCCGCAACGGCGUGAUGCAGCCCGGGACGCGGUACCGCCAGCGGGCGGAGAUGGGCGACGUCCGGACGCUCCGAGCCGCGCCGGAGUCCUUCACGCUGGAGAUCGCCAAUGCCCUGCCCUCGGACGCCGGCACCUACAAGUGCACGGUAUCUGAUUGGGUGACCGAAACCAAAGGCAAUGUGAAGAAGCUGGAUUCUAAAUCACAGGAAGUGAACACUGAAGUCCGCUCUGUGGAUUCUCUAAUACGCGCCGAAUUAAGAAGUCGCACGGUGCUCGUGAGGGAAAAUGAGAAAAUAGAGCUGUUCUGCAAGGUGAAAGGGCCCAGGUAUCCUCUGUCCGUGACCUGGAAAAUCCAGCGCUCGGGAUCACCGUCUCAGGAGCAGAUAGUGUCUCUGUUCCACGACGGCGUCAUCACCUGGUGGAAGAACCAGCGUAGCUAUCAGCUCCGGACGCAGGUGCAACCGGAUGAAGUCACCUUCAUCCUCAAGGUGUUCAGAGCCAGCGCCCAGGAGGCCGGGACCUACCAGUGCGUCGUCGAGGCCUUUCUGCGGCAGACUCAGAAAGCGCUAAAAUCCUCCAAUGUGCUGGCCGUGCGUGUCCAAAAGCCAGACAGCCUGCUGUCCGUCUCAGCGGGGCCCCAGACGCCGCUGCGGAGCCGCGUGGGCGCGGACGCGCGGAUGGAGUGCGCCGUCCGCGCCGCCACGACGAACGCCUCCCGCUUCGCCGUGUCCUGGCUGUUCCAGCCGGAGGGGGGGCAGAACCGCACCCUCCUGCACGCAGACCGGGACGCCGUCCUGGAGGUGGAGGCGGGGCAGAGGUACAGCCUCAGCAGGCGCGAGGCGCGGUCGUACGAGCUGCUCCUGCGGCAGGCGGGGACCGCCGACAGCGGCCGGUACUACUGCCUGGUGGAGGAGUGGCUACAGGACCCCCACGGAGACUGGGCCCCGCUGAAGUCAACUUCUGCUGUUAUACAACUCCUCAUUAGCCCUCAAGAGAGUAGUUUCAGCGUGACGAAAGAGGAAUCGAAAGUCACGGUUCGAGAGAGCGAGCAGGUGCACAUCAACUGCAGCCUGGGCCCCGGCAGCAUUUCGCCGGCCUCCCACUACUCCAUCACCUGGUUCUUCGUCCCGGCCGGCUCCUCGGAGAGGACCGUGCUGCUGCGCUUCAGCCACGACGCUGUGCUGGACCACCCGGGCGUGAGGGCGGAGCUGGUGCGGAGGAUGCGUUUCCACCGGCCCGCCCUGGGCUCCUUCGGCCUCACCGUUCAGAACGUGGACGCCCAGGACAGCGGCGGCUACUCCUGCCAGGUGGACGAGUACCGGCUCAGCUGUGAGGGGGAGUGGCUGCAGAGCGCCACCGACCAAUCAGGAGUCACCAGCGUCAGCGUCCUUCAGACGGAGAGUAACCUGCAUGUUCUGAAAGAUAACAGCGUUGUUACCAUGGGCAACCAGCAGGAUGGCUUCGUGAUCGUCUGCAACAUCACCUCGUAUUCGAGCCCCGGGUCAGUUUUUGAGGUCACCUGGUGGCGUCGGGAGGCUGGCGGAGAAGGGGAGCCCCACCCCAUUUUCAGAGCCCGACGUAACUUCACCCUGCAGCACCUGGACAAGAGCAGAGCCCAUCUCCUGUUUGACCGACCCCAAGCCACUCUGUACACCCUCACCGUCCCCAACGCCGAGCCUUCUGAUAGCGGCCAGUACUACUGCCGCGUGGAGGAGUGGCUGCUCUCUCCCAGGAACACCUGGAGGAAGAUUGCAGAGGACUCAUCUGGGCAUCUGACCGUUUCAUUCCAACCACAAGCAGGGAGCACUUUCGCCGUGCUGAAGCCCGACACCAACAUCACGGUUCAGGAGGGUGCGGCGGCGGUGCUCCAGUGCAGACUGCAGCCCGGCAGCGUCUCGCCCGCCUCCCACUACUCCGUCACCUGGUUCUUCGUCCCGGCCGACUCCUCGGAGAGGACCGUGCUGCUGCGCUUCAGCCACGACGCUGUGCUGGACCACCCGGGCGUGAGGGCGGAGCUGGUGCGGAGGAUGCGUUUCCACCGGCCCGCCCUGGGCUCCUUCGGCCUCACCGUUCAGAACGUGGACGCCCAGGACAGCGGCGGCUACUCCUGCCAGGUGGACGAGUACCGGCUCAGCUGUGAGGGGGAGUGGCUGCAGAGCGCCACCGACCAAUCAGGAGUCACCCGCGUCAGCGUCCUCCACACGGAGAGCGACCUGCAUGUUCUGAAGCACGAUGACAACGUUACCAUGGGCAACCAGCAGGGCGACUUCGUGAUCGUCUGCAACAUCACCUCGUACUCGAGCCCCGGGUCGGUUUUCCAGGUCACCUGGUGGCGUCGGGAGGCCGGCGGAGAAGGGGAGCCCCGCCCCAUUUUCAUAGCCCGACGUAACUUCACCCUGCAGCACCUGGACAAGAGCAGAGCCCAUCUCCUGUUUGACCGACCCCAAGCCACUCUGUACACCCUCACCGUCCCCAACGCCGAGCCUUCUGAUAGCGGCCAGUACUACUGCCGCGUGGAGGAAUGGCUGCUCUCUCCCAGGAACACCUGGAGGAAGAUUGCAGAGGACUCAUCUGGGCAUCUGACCGUUUCAUUCCGAGCACAAGGUGCUGGCAAGCUGCUGGAGGCCUCGUGCACCUCCGGGGCCUUGCCGGUGGUGCUGUCCCUCCUCAUCGCUCUCCUGGCCCUGGCCAUCGGGGUGCUGGCAUACAAACUCCGCAAGGCCGGCCGCCGGACCGCCAAGCGGCAGGCAGACGAGUCGCUGUGGGCCGAGAGCAACCCGCUGAAGCCCAAACUGGAGUCCUAAGGGGGGGGGGGGGGGGAGACGCCGCCGCCGAGCCGCGCCGCGCGGUAAAGCUGCGGUAAGAAAGCCGGAGACCGGAGUGGUGGGGGACUUAAUCACCGGCGUUUGGGGGCUCACGUGCUCCAGAGCUGCACCGCGGGUUGUGAAUCAGUACCCGGUGAUGUGUGCACACGUUAUGCCUGUAGCACCCGCGCCACUGGGAUUAGGGGGUGUGGCCUUCAUUGGCAGCCCUAGCUACCCCUCCCCCCCCACUGAGGUUCAGCCUGUCAAACUAAGUCUGCUGUCAUCUUGCGUUCGGUGUACGUUAGUGCUGGGCUGAGAUACCCGGUUUAGUUAUCAUAAGUGUGCUAAAAUCCGUUGUCUUUUUUCUUUGGAAUUGACGUACGUAAAAUAAUAUUGCUAUUGUAACUUAACACGCAAAGUUUCUUUACAAGCUACUAAAAUGGCACUAGUGGUAGGGUUGGUAAGACCCCUAAGAUCCCUAGGUUCAAGCAAAUUAAUUUCUGCACUUACUGCAUUUAUGGCCCUUCAAAUGUCCUGUAGUAUCAGAAAUGCCAAUAUACUGCUUUAUGAUGACUGCUUCAUGAUGAUGACUGCAAUAG